AUGGAAGCACCGCACCACGGAGGAGGCGCUUGGCCUGCGCUGAGCAUACCCGCGCCCUUGGUUGGCAUCAUCGGUGGCGACGCGUCGGCCUCCACCCCCGGCCUCUCCUGGCGUUCUGCGUCCACAGACGGCAUGGAGGUGGGCGGGCUGGUGUCGGCGUCGGCCGGCCAGGACGAGCUGGCGCAGCUCUUCCUCAACCUCGAGUCCCUGCCCAGCACCGACGAAGCGCUUGGGCACCUCAUGGCCCAGCAGCAACAGACCUACCCCCUACACCAACACUACCAUCAACAGCAGCAGCAACAGCAACAACAGCACCCGCAGUCCUACAACCAGUCCCAGCACAACCAAUACCCGACCCACCAGCCGUCGGCGGGGCCAGUGGUGUUCGACCUGCCCCAGAUCGAGCCGUUCGGGGUCAAGCAGGAAGCGCCGUCGCCGCCUGCCUCGUCGUCGUCGUCUUCGAGCACCGUCGGCCUGAGCGCCGCCCUCUUCCACAAGCCGCGCGGCUCGCAGGGCCAGUGGGUCGGCCUGUUGGCCCACGACCGCAUCAGGGUGACCAAGGGCAAGGGCAAGAAGCUCAGGCUGGAGGUCAAGUGCUCCAAGCCGUUCGACCUGUCCGAGCUGUCGGUGUGGCUCAUCGACGAAGACGGGAGCAGCCUCCAGGGCUUCACCCUGGACACCACCAAGAGCAAGAUCGAGAUGGAAACUACGGGGACGUGUGUGGCCACGGUCGAGGUCAAUCUGAUCAAGAUCAGCAAGCGGCUGCAGUUUGGCGCGCGGGUGGCCUCGGCUACGCAGGGAUGGAGCUGCCAGGCGGCCACUCUCCCCUUCACUGCACACAACAACGGAAAGGACAGAGUGCAGCACGGCGGUCCUACCGUCCACAGCAGCCCUGGCGCCAGUCCCGGCUUUGUACACUCGCAGCCCGCCUCUUCGCCCGAUCCACACCCCAUUCCGACGGGCAAGAAGCGAAAGGUCUCGACGCAGGGCGAGCCCCUCCGCUCUCCGCUCGACGCCGCCGAAAAGGUGACGCAGCUCGAGGGCACGCUGCGCGUUGAGGGCGACGUGCGCGCACGGGCCUUCAUCCAGUACUCCGACCUGCGUCUCAAGACCGACGUGGCCUCGCUCGUCGACGCGCUCAACGUCAUCGAGAAGCUCGAGCCCAAGUCCUACAAGUGGCUCCCGAACGCGCCCGGCCUCCCUGCCCGAGUGGAGGACACGGCCGUCGUUUGGUUGGCUCUUAAUUUCUUGGCCUAUGGCGUGCGACAGACGACGAAGGAGGUGCAGAAGGUGCUGCCCGAUGUGGUCUACCAGGACCCCGUCACCGGCUACCUCUCUGUUGCCUACACGGAACUGGUGCCGGUCAUAAUUGAAGCGUUGAAGGAGCACCUGAAGGAGUACGCCACGGACAAGGCCCACUUCCAGCACGAGCUGGACAGCCUCCGCGCCGCCCUCUCUCAGCUCCAGAGCGCCUCCGCGCCCGGCCCGUACGACGGCGGUGACCCCGACAACGGCGCCGACGGAGACAACGCAGGCGACAGUGGAGAUGACGACGACGAGGAUGGCGACGACGACGAUGGAGACCUGGGCGUGGCGGCGCAGUCGUCGCAGAACCCGAGGGACAUCGUGCAGACGGUGCGGGAGCGCAAGCGAGAACUGCGGGAGCUCACCCGCCAGCUCAACCAGAUCAAGCGGGACGCCAAGCGCCAGCACAGGCAGGAGAAGCAGGACAGAAAGGCGAGCAAGCGCGAAGACCCGAGGCGCGAGGAGAGGCAGAAUAGCAGAAACGCCAAGCGCGAGGAGAGGCAAGCUGCGCUGGAGAAGAAGAAGUUCCAGGAGCACCUGAUGAUGGACCCGAUCAAGCUCAACAAGGACGUCCUGCGCUACCAGACCACCGCCUUCAAGCUGGCCAGCAAGCGCGGCGCCCAGCUGGCCGUGGCCCUGAUCUGGGACCGGGGCAGCAUCCCCGAUCUUACGCUCCACGUCCACAAGCCCGGCAUGGCCCUUCGCGAGCACACGCGCGAAAAGAAGAAGAAAUCGUGCACGAUCGUCACCGUCCAGAGCCUGCCCCGUCUCACCACCUCGGACAGCGAAAGCAGCGACAGCGAGGAGGAGGCCGAGGAGGCCGCGAUCCUGGGCCAGUACAACAUCUCCGUGACCCUGCACGGCGGCUUCGCCUACCACCUCAAGCAGUCGCGCGCGGUGGUCGCCGUGUACGAUUUCAGGGACGCGUCGACGCAGCCGCUCACGGUUUCGGCGACCAGCGUGGUCGGCGACAUGGGCCAAACGUGGCUCGUCGGUUCCUUCCUGGUCGCCCGCAACGUCUUCCGGUGGACACAAACGCCAAAUGUGAUUGCGUCCUCUCUGCCCGAGGAAUGGCGGUACGCCGACGACAAGGGCCAGGCCGCGUCGCGCGGCUACGGCCUGCUCCCUAGGCGCGUCUACCUGCGCGCGGCCAAGGGUCACUACCUCUCCGCCUCCCGUGACGGCACCAUGGCCUCCACAUUGCCUUCUCAAGGGCCGGGCUUCGACGAGGCGUGGGACGUCGAGUUUGACGUUGAGGGCUUCGCCUCGCUCCGGUCGUCGCACGGGACCUAUCUGUCGGUCGACCCCAAGACGGGCCGCUUCGGCACCGUCGAGGCGGGCAAGGGCGCCGCCGGCCCGGCCGAGAAGUUACGGUACCUUCUCGACGACGCCUCGUCGACGCUGGCCCUCGUCGCGCUCCUGCCCGCCGGCCCGGCCUACCUGCAGGUCUCGCCCGGCACCGGCGAGCUCACGGCCGCCGACGCCCUCCGCCCCUACGUGGCCGACGGCGACGAGGCGGCGCUGCCCGGGCAGAAGGACGGCGGCGCUGCCGGUGAUGCGCCGUCGAUGCCCAGCGGCACCCCGCCCUCGCCCAAGCUCGUGCGAUACAAGGCCGCCGGGCGUGCCCAGGGCGACGAUCACUGCGCAGACCUGUCGGACAGCAUGGAGGAAGAGAGUGAUGAUGAUGAUGAAGACGACGACGACGAUGACGACGAUGAGGCGUUCAUGCGGCCCGGCGCGGGCGGUCAGCAGCGCCAACGACAGAAGCAGAUGGCGCCGCCGGCUGCGCAGCAGAUGCGGCUGCCGGCCGAGGCCGAGCGGUGGGUCAUGGAGGCCGCGCCCACCCGGGACCAGCAGCAGGCCCGACAGGCCCAGGAGGUGUGGACGCAGCUCCAGGCCAACUUCUCCAUCCUCUCCCUCUCCUCUUCCCUCCGCACCGGCGGCACCACCGCUCCGCCCCACAUGUAA